CGCUGGGUCAAUGAAAUGAUAACAAAUAAAUUGCAAGUAGAUUUCAAUGUUUCGGCCUGUAGAGGAAGGAAAGCCACAGAGCAAUGUCUGAAAAAUACGCCCAAUCGAUCCAAGUACGCCCAAUGGUCAUAGAUUGAUCCAUUGUAAAUUUCAAUCAUUGCUCCUUGGCAUUUCCAAGCCAAGAAGCAAGUCGAUGAAGGAGUAUGUACAGAGAGAAAUAUGCAAAUCAGUGAGAGACAUGAUACCCAAGUCCUAUAUCACAGUAUCUACAGAUUUCCUGUCUUUAACAGGUAAGUCAAGCCAUGGUGUCAAAUCAUGAAAAGAUAAGCCGUGAGGGUAACAGGACCCACAGCUUGCAUGUCUCCCUCCACAGUUCCGCCAAACAAGUUUCCCGAAUCAUUCGAGACCAUCAUAGCUAGACUUGUAGAGUUCAAUGUUCCGGCCCAAUCAGUUUGAAAGGUUCUCGAGAUGGUAACGAUCUCAGCGUUUCCUUCCACACGAAUGUCAUUCUUCCAAGGCCCUUCGAGCUUCAGGUUGCGAACGGCACCGCUCCCUCCCAGGAAACACAACGCCACUCCUGGCUUCGAAUUCGCUCUCGCAAACUGGUUCAUCGAUUCCACAACGUACCUACCGUCUGGAAUGCUCAAUGUGUUUAAUCUCAUGGUGUCGUAUUCUUGCUCGAAGAAAGCUUUCCGAGAAGCCGUCUUCUUCCCCAUCGCACCCGGUGGAUAUUUCCUUUUCAAGGUCUCGCCUCUUCGUUUGCAAGUUGCCUCAGUCUUUGAUCCAAUAUCAGUUCCACCAAACCCAUCGUUCCGCAUGCGUACUCCAUCCGGAUCAUACGGCCUCUCUGAUCUUUCGUUCGGAGAGGCCAAUCCGCAGAUGAGAAGACGAGUAUAACUUCCGAUGUCUGUUUCACUACAGGCACCAAAUGCGCUCUCAUUCUCCUCUCGAAACGGGACGUUUCCUCCCGGAGCCAUUUCCGGAUAAUUCGCCAGAUGAUCAGACUCCAGAACCGACGCGACACACACGUGAUACUAGGUCAAAAAGGCUCAAGACGAACGAAGUCCAGUCGAAAAGAGAAACAAUGAACGAAUCUUUUGAGAAGCCGGAUGCAGUUCGGCAAACAAACGAACCACGACUUUUCUGGUGCUCUCGGACAAAACACCUGCAGCUCGCUCGGUCCCGGUGCGCAAAAAUGAACAGCGCAAAGUUACCUAAAACCCCCACAAAUGUGUCCGAGACCUUCUUCGACAAGUUACCUCGGACCGCGGCGCAGUUAUGUCCUCCGAGGGUCCGACCAUUCCAUCGUCAGAGGCCGCUUC